UGACACCUGACAGUGCUUACAAUAGAUAAAUAUAACCUAACAUUUCAGCGUGAUAUUGUUUACAUUUUAUAUCUGCACGUUUUAUCGCUUAUUCCUUACGAUAAAUGUACAAAGCUAUAGAAAUGGGUGAAGAAGCACAACAAAGCAACGAAAACAAGAAAAGACAGCGGAAGAAGCGUAAGAAUUUUAUUUCUAACGCAAAGAAAUACGCUAAAAAAGGACAACUUGGUCGUGGUACUCAAAUUCCUGAAGAACUGUAUCAGUAUUUUGUAGGUAUUUUAGAUGUCAUUAAAGAAGGCAUACAGGAUCCGGACGAGAGAGAGGCCUUAGUUAGAAAUGUUCUGGAGCGAACUAAAGGUGAAGAAAUAAAUGUAGUGGGAAAUCAACUUGGAUGUCGUCUUGUGGAGCUAUUGUUACCAUACUCUUCAUCUGAAGAUUUAGAGAGAUUUAUUGAAAUCUUAUCCCCCGAACUUCGUAAAUUAUCUGCUGACAACUUCUCAAGCCAUGUCAUUGAAACAUUAUUACGUGUGUCAUGUGCUCGAGCAACAGAACAUCUUCAAGAAACUGAUGAACCCCCAGUUAAGAAGUCAAAAAAAGAUGAGAAAUACUCUGAAGAGCAUAUUAAAGCAUGUCACGAAUUUACAUUAAAGAUAUGUAAAUAUGCUCUAAAUAAUUUAGAAGAUUUUGUUUGGGAUCAGUAUGCAAAUCAUAUAUUGCGUAGUGCAUUGAAAUGUUUAAGUGGUAUCACAUUACUCCCAGGUGAAAAACCAAAAGUUAAUCUAUUCAAGGAAACAGUUCAGGACAAAAAAGGAAUACCACCACAUUUAACAAACAUGACUUACAAAGUAGUACCGGACGAGUUUAAGGAAAUAGUUACGGACUUUGCAAAUAGAUUAUCAUCCUGGCCGCAAUUUAAAGACAUGGCUUAUGAAAAUUUGACAUCUGGACUUUUACAAGUAUUGCUGUAUGCUGUGAAAAAUGUAGAUAAAAAGUUGACAAAGAAUUUGGUUGAUAAAUUGAUGGAUGAAAGUUUUGUACCAGAGGGCUGGGUGGGCAAUGGUGAUGGAGAAAAAAAAGAGGAGAAAGAUGGUGAAGACAAACCUUUACAAGGAAGUAAUUUACCGCCUGUCUUUGAGUCUGAACCAGCUGUAAGGCUAUUAGAAGCUGCACUAUUUGUAGUUAAGAAGAAGACAUAUACACAAAUAUAUGCAAAGUGUUUCAUCAAUCGCCUAGGACAGCUAGCGGCUAUGCCCAUGCUUAAUUUCACAGUACAGCGACUCAUAGACAACUGUCAAAUUAAAGAGGAGUUUGAACCAAUGUUUGAUGAGCUCUCGAGCAAGUUCGACACCCUUCUUGCUUGUGGUAACACUGGUGUCCUUGUUGCACUGGCCAAAGCUUGCUUAAGAAUAAAAGCCAGACAAGCACAGUUUAUACAGACUUUAGAAAAAUCACUAAACUGUAUGGAAGACAAUCAAAAGCACUUUGCACUACAAUGUCUACGCCUGGUUCCGCUUGGGGGUAACGUGGAAAUAUCCACUCAGGGAUUCUUCAUUAACAUACAUGGCUCUGUAAUUCUGCAGACCAUACUGGAUUUCCAGCGACCAACGAAAGCCGUUCAAAGCAUAUUGGAGCUUCAACCGGAAAGUCUUCUCUAUAUAUUUAGUGAGGCAAAGGGAAGUCACGUAGCUGAUGCCUUUUGUAAGGGACAGUUUGUUGGAGUAAAGGCACGGGAUAAGCUUAUCUGGAAACUUAAGGGUUGCUACCAAACAUUAGCAAUGUCCCAGCAUGGUUCAAGGGCCUUCGAAAGAAUCUACGAGUCGGCCUCUAACGAGCAAAAGGUUAAAAUAAUGGCAGAAUUGUCGGAAAAGAGCAAUCUCUUGAAUAGCACAAACUUUGGACGUUUGAUUGCGACGAAACUAGAUGUCGCUGGUUUCAAAUUGUCACAGAAUAAAUGGGAACAAAGUAAUUUAAAGAAAAGUGAUAAUAAAGCUGAUUAAAUUGA